AUGUCGUCAUCAGUUGUUUCAUCUCUAUCAUUUGUUUCUCAACAAAUCAUUAUUUACAUUGGUAUCCCAAUUCUUAUUAUUGGUUUCUUUGGUAAUUGUCUGAAUAUAAUUAUAUUUCUAAGUCUUAGAACGUUUCGACAAAGUUCUUGUGUAUUUUACCUAAUCAUCAUGUCAAUUGCCAAUAUUGGUCAAUUAAUUACAGGUUUAUUAACUCGUAUCAUGAUUAGCGGUUAUAACAUUGAUUGGACACAAACUUCAUUAUUUUAUUGCAAAUUUCGACAAUUUUUUGCUCAAACUACAGCAUCGGUGUCUUUUAUAUCUGUUUGUCUCGCGAUUAUGGAUCAAUACUUUGCUACUUGUGCUCGUCCUCGUUGGUAA